GGUAGGUAGUGCUCAGUCGGGAACAGGAAUCAGGGCUUCUCUUCUCCCAGCUAGAAAUUAUUCUCAUGGUUUCCGAGAAUUUAUGUUGUCUGUCCUGCGAAGAAGAGAAGGUCAAGUACAGCACAAAAGAUCUGCUCCCCCUCGCCAUUUACAACGCCAUCUCUAGAGUCAUGUCGUACGCCUUUUCUGUUGCCCUUCUCCUUCUUCUCCUCCUCCUCCUCUUCUUCUUUCUCCUCGUCCUCCUCGUCCUCGUCAAAAUACUUCAGAAAUCGACUACUCAACUCCUCAACAAGUCCUUCUUUUCUUCGAACAAAUUCAUCCUUGACUUUGUGCAUCUGACUGGAGGGAUCUGGUGAGCGCGGCGGGGGUUGAGAACUACUGUACUCCUGGGGCCGUCCUUUAUCAUGUUUGUGGUGUUUGAAGAAAGAUCGCAGGUAUGAUGAGUCCUUCAGCUAGCUAGCUUCCUCCACGGAUUGACCGGAAACUCCAGGAUUUCCUCAAAAAAGAUCAGAUCAAACCA